UUUACAUAAGGAUCAUCAACACACCACUGACCAGCCGUAUCACCUCUUACUGUACUACAAACAGCCUUCUCUCCUCUGUGAAAGAUGUCCAGCUCUGUAACAACCACCACUAACGGGGUGGUGGUCAUCACCCAUGUACACCCCACUGGCAACGGGAUGGGGGUCGCUUCUGCCCCUCACUGUUUGGGACAGACGGUUUCCUCAGUGCUGGGAAGUUUCCGGGCAGGGCAACCAAAAGCGCUGGGGACCAUACAGAUCAUGGUUGGUUUGAUGAUGCUGUUGACAGGAAUCGUGAUGGCUACAGGACCACAAGUAGACAAUAUUGGAGUAAUCAGCGGAAUAUUUGUCUGGGGAUCUAUCAUUUAUGUCAUUGCAGGCUCUCUAACUGUUGCUGCUGACAACAAUUUGAACACAUGUCUGGUAAAAGGCUCCCUUGGAAUGAAUGUUGUCGCCACGGUUAUUGCUCUUACUGGCACCAUUCUGCAUUCUUUGGACAGUGCUGGGAUCUUCUUUUACAACUACUACUGUGACUAUCCAGACUAUCCUUCAUACAACCCUCCAUCCUUUGUCUGCCAACAGUAUUGGAUCAGGUCCCAGGGAAUUUCAGGUGUUUUGCUUGUUUUCUCCAUGUUGGAGUUCAUAGUGUCCAUCUGUGUCUCGUCAUUCGCCUGCAGAGCAGUCUGCCAGUGCUGCCGUUCCAACCCUGAGCAAGUGUUCGUCAUUGGGAAUCAAAUACCGGUACCUCAUGGCUGCAUGACUCCAAGCAACGCACCUUUCCCUCCUCAGAACAACUACGAGACUGUGAUCUACCCAAAGGGUCCCGAGGGAGACGAUAUGGGAACAGGGUUUCAACAGAAACCCCUGCCUCCACAAAACACUGCUUUCAUCCAUUGAGAAUUGGGCUUCUGUGAAUACAUUGCUCUUUUUCUUGUUAAAAUUGUGAUUUCUAGGGCUAUUUUUCUGAUCCAAGCCAGGCAAUGGUUGGCACCACAUCACUGAUCUGAAUCAUUUGACAGUUCAAUAUUGAUAUUGAAGUAUAAUGUUUAGGUUACUAUAUGUUACUAUAUGGUUGAGUUUUUGUAAUUUCUCUCCUUUUUUUAUUGAUAUAAGUUAAUUAGAAUUUAUUAUAUAAACGUAUAGUACAUUUAUCAACUAACAUCAGCCACUGCUACAUUACAUUAUAUGAUAUUGAGGCAUCACUUUCUUUUAAUAACAUGCAAAUACAUAUUUAACUUAAUGUCUUCAAACAAGUCUUGACUUAAACAUUAAAAAACUGACAGAAGAAAAUGUGA